AUGGAUAUGACUCCUACAACAAUAACAGCAACAACAGCUCCUCCCAAAUCACCCGAACCCGAAUCCGAAACUCCGACCCGGAUCCAACCUGCGAAACCCAUUUCCUUCAGCAACGGAAUCAUCAAACGCCACCAUAACCACCUCAACAACCACCACCACCCUCCUCUCCUCUUCACUUACAAAGAAUGUCUCAAAAACCACGCGGCGGCGUUAGGCAGCCACGCGCUUGACGGUUGCGGCGAAUUCAUGCCGGCUCCGUCGUCAAUCUCCACCGAUCCGACUUCUCUCAAAUGCGCAGCUUGCGGCUGCCACCGUAAUUUCCACCGCCGUGAGCCGGAAAACGACUUCUCCUCCCCGAAUUCAUCAAUACCUCCGCCUUCUUCCACCGUCGCCGCCGCAAUUGAGUACCAACCUCACCACCGCCACCAUCCGCCACCGCCGCCGCAACUAGCAGCUCCUCCGCGUAGCCCUAACUCCGCUUCUCCUCCGCCAAUCUCCUCCUCUUACAUGCUCCUUUCUCUCUCCGGAACUAAUAACAACAACCUCGCUUUCUCCGAUCUCAAUUUCUCCGGCAACAACAACAACGGUAACCACCACCACCACCACAACCACCCGCCGGGAUCUCGUAAGCGAUUCCGGACGAAAUUCAGCCAAUUUCAGAAAGAGAAGAUGCACGAGUUCGCCGAUCGAGUCGGCUGGAAGAUGCAGAAACGCGACGAAGACGACGUUCGCGAUUUCUGCCGUCAGAUCGGAGUUGACAAAAGCGUUCUCAAAGUCUGGAUGCACAACAACAAAAACAACUUUAACCGCCGCGAUCUCCCGCCGUUCUCACUCGCCGGAGCCGCCGAGAUCCAAAAAAUCGAUAACGGCGGCGGAGGAGGAGGAAACCACACUCUGAUUCCCGCCGGCGAAACUAACAACAACAAUAACGGAGGCGACGAGCUCCACCCAAGUGUUAGUAGCGGCGGAGGCGGAUUCGAUAGUGAUAGCGGCGGAGGUGGAGACGGAGCUAACGGCGGCAACGUAAACGGAUCAUCUUCGUCGUGA